GGCCGUUUGUUGCCGCACGCAGGGGUGCCACCCAGCCGUGCCCGCCGCCGCUCGCCUCAGUCACCCUCCCAAGCUCCCCACGGUGGCGCUCCUCCUUACCUUCCCUGCUCGGGGAGGUCGGGGUCGCUGGUUGGAUCCAAGAAACGGUAGCUUUCGUUGUUGGUUCUUGUUUUGAGGGAAUCGUAUGCGUGUGCAGAGGAAGGGGAUUUCUUCAUCUGGACAGUCGAGGUGCGCACCUGCGGGCUCCCUCCCGUCUUCUUCUUCUUCUUCCCCGACUAAUCUGUGUUCGGUUGCUGAUUUCGCGGAAAUUUAGGGGCUUUCUCGUUGCUCAUUUCAGCUGGGUGAGCUUUAGUUUGGGGAAUUUAUGGUAGGGGAUUUGUGGGGAGGGGGACAUUUGAUAUGACGGUCUUUCAGUUUGCAGUUGUUCCGUUAGUUUGUAGCUUUAGAAUGCUUGUUCGAAUUUGUGGGUGGACUUGUGGAAACCUAAUUUUAGCGUUACAUUUUUUAUUAUGCUGUUAAUUGCCAGACUUUUUCUUAGUCAGUUCAUAAGCUGUUGCUGUGGUUAGAUAUUUAUAAAUCUUUUAUGUGAUUUUGUAAUACAGUUCCUUGUACUUCCUGCAUAUCUGUAUGCUUUGUUUCGGGGAGGUUUCAGUUGUUGGAUUGAGCAAUACUUGUUUUUGCCCUUGUUAUUCUGUAAAUCAUUGAUCUUUUAGCUUUAUAAAGCUUCUGAUGGUUCUGUUGUGUUGAUGGCAUUGUGCUUGACUGCUUGUGUUAGGAAACCCAUCAUACCAUAUAUGUGUUUCGUGCGAUCGAGUGCGAGUUUUUGUGCAAUGAUGUUAUGUGAAGUUCAGUUAACUGGGACACUCUUUUGCUUUGUAGGACAAUAGCGUUUUCUUUUUGGGGCCCAUAUGGGAUAAUACAUCUCUUAUAUGAUACUGAUUUGCGUUGCAAUGAGCAGAAAUGCAACUUUUGAGACAAUUAUAAACUGUCUGACUGGAUACAUUACCUAUCUUGAGGUAGAGCGCCUAAACAAAGGAUAACUAAUCUGAUUGUAAAUAUUAUAGUGCAAUCAUUCAGACUUGAUCUUUUUAGGGACCAAAUUGGGCCUAUGUUCAAUUCAGUUUAAGCCCCGCUAAAUUCAUAGCAACCUGAGCCCCCAAUAUAGCUCCUGCCAAGACAAAUUUUGAUUAAGGGCCAACCUACAAGGCUAGCCCAAGUUUGAUUCAUGAUGAGGAGCAGCCCAGACUAGAGUUUUACCCUUGUCCAACUCAAGAAAUGUUUAGUAUUACUUGGUUGAGUAAUAUUGCUCUAUUGGCUGAAAUGUGACAAGCAUCAUAGAUAGUACUAACUACUAACUUCGUGUUUUAGUUCAAAAAAUUAAACAAUCUAUACCUAAUUAAAAAAUGCGUAAGCCUUCUGGGAGAUUUUUCAUCCGUAGUCUUUGUCAUCCGCACAGUACGCGAUUUUUUGUUCGAGCAAAACGGACUCUACUACGCGAGACCAUCGUUAGUAUCCUGUGCACAUUCCAAUAUGUCCCAAUGAAAACAGAAUAAAAUAGAUAUAAAAAUUGAAGAACCAUAUACAUAGAUGUGAGAUUGGACUCGAUGGAAACACACAAGUUGAAUUUCAAUCGAAUUGAAUAAAGAUCGAAGAACCAUACACUUGACGAGAACAAAAGGUUGGAAAGAAGCAGGCAUGGAAGGAUGAGGACAAUGUCCUUGACAAGCACAGAUCAAGGCCUACCGUGCCCUCCGGCUCUCAAAUCCUCAUCCUGCACCGUCUCCCUCACAGCCCACAGGGUUCUCCUCCCUCUCCACUUCUGCCUCAACCCAAAUACCAGGAGGGUCCUGCCCCUGGCUGUCGCGGCGUCGCCAUUGGCUGCCGACCUGCUGUUCCUGUCACUGUCAAGUCCUGUCCUCUUGGGAAGACGACGACCCAGCUCUUGCAGGGACUCUGUUGGCGAGAGGGGUCAGAGAGCGAGGGAUAAUGCAUUAGGCCGUGUUUAGUUUCCCCCAUAUUCCCAACUUUCCAUCAUAUCAUAUCACAUCAAAAACUUUCCUACACACAUAAACUUUCAACUUUUUUUUCAUACUCCCAACUUUCUUCAAACUUUCAACUUUUUUCAGGAACUAAACACACCCUUAGUGCACUUCCCCACUGCAAGAGUCCAUCAUAAGUAAUGUUUUGUCCUAGGUCCUCCAUGGCAGCUAUGAUCUCGACAAGGUGGUGGCCAGUGGCUAAGGAUAUGGUGAUUCAGUGAAGGCAGAACAACAGCUUGCUUCCAGGGCCUCCUGUCCUGUUCAGUUUCUCCAUGUCUGUCAUCAUCGACGUCCGCAACUGCAUCCAACUCCUCCGCUCCUGCAGUGCCGUGGCCGGCCAGCAGCUGCACCAGCUCCUUCUCAAGUCUGGCCAUGUCCCAUCAUCGCUGCCGCCCUCUAACUCCUUGCUCCUCAUGUAUGCGCGCUGCUCCCCACUCCACCAGCACGACGCCCGCCGCCUGUUUGACGAAAUGCCCGUCAAGAACUGCUUCUCCUACAACUCUGUUAUCACCUCCCACCUCAAUUCCAGAGACCACCAUGCAGCGCUUAAUAUCUUCCGAUCCAUGCCCGAGAGGAACACCUUCUCAUGGAAUACAAUCAUAACUGGCAUUGUGUCCACAGGCAAUCUCGACAUGGCCCGUUCACUGCUGAUUGAAAUGCCUGUCAAGGAUCCUGUGGCUUGCAAUGCUGUUUUGCAUAGGUAUGUCCGGCGUGGCCGGGCGGAUGAGGCGUUUGCAUUACUCAGGACGGUUGGUCAAUGCAGUGGUGCAGAUGCCUCUUCUCCAUGGAAUGACCCUUUUGUGCUUGCGACAAUUGUUGGUGCUUGUGCUGAUUGGAUGAAGUAUGAUUUUGGGAGGCAGGCUCAUGCUCGGAUGGUGGUUUCCAAGAUUGAACAGGAUUUGGUGUUGAGUUGCGCAUUAGUUAACAUGUACUGCAAAUGUGGGGAUUUGGAUUCUGCUCGCUAUGUCCUUAAUGGUUUAACUCAGGUUGAUGAGUUCUCACUUUCUGCACUCAUAUAUGGCUAUGCUUCUUGUGGACAUUUGCAUGAGGCGAUACGACUUUUUGACAGAAAGGAGGAACCAAGCAUUGCUAUGUGGAAUUCUCUUAUCAGUGGCUGUGCAUUUGCCUGUUGUGGAAAUGAUGCUUUUGCUCUUUUUGCAAGGAUGAUGCGAUCAGAUGUGUUACCUGAUUCUUCAACUUAUGCCAGCAUUUUGAAUGUAUGUGGUUUUUCAGUCAUGGUGAAUCCUGGGCAACAGAUUCAUGGGUGUGGUCUAAAAUGUGGAGCAGUCAAUGACAUAAUAGUAGCAAGUGCACUCAUUGAUUUCUACUCAAAAUGUGGCCUCUGGGAGGAUGCUUGCAGAGCUUUUAGAGAGCUUAGGUUUCAUGAUACCAUAGUGCUCAACUCAAUGAUCACUGUUUACUCAAACUGUGGGCAGAUAGAAGAGGCGAGAAGAAUUUUUGAUAUGAUCACUGGUAAGAGUGUGAUCUCAUGGAAUUCUAUGGUGGUUGGGUUGAGCCAGAAUGGGCAUGCUAGGGAUGCACUUGGGUUAUUCUGUGAGAUGCAUCGGCUUGGUUUGCGGCUUGACAAGGUUGCUAUAGCCAGUGCUCUGAGUGCAUCGAGCAGCAUUUGCUCUAUCAGUUUUGGAGAGCAGAUCUUUUCUCUAGCCACUGUUCUUGGUUUGCAAUCUGAUCAUGUUGUUGCGUCUUCACUCAUUGAUCUGUAUUGCAAAUGUGGAAGCCUAGCAAAUGGGUGCAGGAUCUUUGAAGAAAUCGAUAAGCCAGACGAGGUCUUAUGGAACUCAAUGCUGAUUGGUCAUGCUUCCAAUGGGUAUGGACAUGAAGCAUUGGAACUCUUGGAGUUGAUGAAAACUAAGGGCAUAAAACCAAGUGAACGAACAUUUAUUGCUGUCCUUUCUGCAUGCUGCCACUCUGGACUCGUGAAAGAGGGACUGACAUGGUUUCACCGGAUGCAAGCGGACUUCAGUGUGAGUCCAUCAGCUGAGCAUUACGCAUGUGUGACUGAUCUCUUAGUCCGCGCAGGUCGGCUAGAGGAAUCAGUUGAAUUCAUUGAAAAUAUGCCCUUUGAAGCUGAUGCGGUUAGCUGGACAACUGUUAUUGGUGGAUGCAAAGCUCAGGGCAAUGAGGCCAUGAUGCGGAAGGUGGCGAAGAAGCUGAUGGAGAUGGAAUCGUCACAUCCCAGCUUGUAUGUGCAACUGUCCAGUGGGCUUGCUUCUCUAGGGGAUUGGACUAAAUCAGCAGAAAUAAGGAGUAUGAUGUAUGAGAGAAGAAUUACAAAGAAUCCUGGUUACAGUUGGAUUGACUCUUAGAAAUUGUUGCUCAAUCAGUUGAUCAGUGGAAAACUGGAAUAUUUGGCUUCUGUAUUUUUGUUGGAGUUGUUUUCCAACCACAAGCUUUACAACAGCUGAACAGGAAAACUGUUGUCCCUGGAUGAGCCAAACAUAUGCAGAAAUGUUAGUUUUCCCAUAUGUCUGAUUAUCUCACACAUAUGUGACAUUAAAUCGGUUUCCUUCCUCUGUGGCAAGUAACAUCGUCCUCCAUCCCCAAAGGCUGUGUUCAAGCCCAUGCUAUGCACAGCUUACUUUUUGAUAUUUUCCUUCUUACUCAAAUUAUAUCUUGUAUACUGAACCCUGUGUUAAUGGUAGCACACUUAGUUACUUCCAUGUGUUGUGUUGUCAACCUAUUCCUGGCCCCCAUGUUGGUGGAAGUGCUGCAGCAAAGGAUGUGAACAAGUGGCUUGAUGAGAUUAUUGGAGGCUAUGAUUCCUCUAUCAGGGAGUUCCAUGGAGGAGAUGAUCAGAAGUUGCUUAUUUCACUGCUUAAAAUAUUGUGCCGACACUAUGGAAGCUCCGUUCACCUUUUGGGUCUGAUCCAUCGCAGGAGGGUAUAGCUGGUCCAGAGAUGGCAGUGACAAAACUUUUCUCAUCUUGUAAGAGCAGUGGUGCUCAUAAGGGAGAGUAUGGAGCCAUUGUCCAUUGCAUGAAAAACAUUCCGUCAGAAAACCAGAUUCAGGCUACUGCUAAGGAGGUUCAAAAUCCCCUAGUUUCUGGUAGAAGGAAAGAGGCUCUUCAGUGAAGAAAAUGGCUUACCACCAUUUUGUAUCUGGAUCACCUUUGAGGACGUUGUGCCUUCUUAUUGCUGGACAACCUGCAGAUGUUUUCAAUGUUGAGAACCCUACUGUUGAUGGCAAUUAUGAAGAAGAGGAGAGAAAAUACAGCACAUGAUUUUCACCUGGGAGUUGGUUUUUUCACACGAGAAUAUGACGAACGAGUCGGUGCAAAUUUUUCAGAGAAAAUGAUGAGGUGUCGGUGGAGGUAAAGCACGUUGUGCCGGCGGCGACCAAAGCAACAACCUCAACGGCAACGGAAGCAAAAGCAGAGACCCGUGUACGUGUUUGGCUUUGCAAUAGUUGCAGCCUAGCACAGAAAGACGACGACGAUUUCUUGUAAUCCAUCCAGGCAGGCAGAACCUUCCUUUCUUCCGGUACAACCACCAACCAUUUCAUUUUUUCUUUUCAUAUCACCAGCUAACUAGCUGCCCAUUCUUCUAUAUUAGUAUAUUAUUCUAAUUACCUCCUUAAUUUGGAUUAUUAGUAUAUAUCAUCAGGUAGCCAAAGCGCCUCGAGAACGCCGCGUUUCGUUGUGCACUUUUCUUCUUGUUUAAACUACUGUUUCUCCUCCUCUUUUUUCUGCCUUUUGACUUGUUAAAUCGGAGGACAGCAACGGCGGCGACGCAAUGCAUGUGCUGCCCUGCGACACAAGGAAACAUGAUUCUUCGCCAUCUCCCAUUAAUCCAUAUGAUUAUGUGAUCUUGUGACCUCAUUACUGCAAAAUACUAUUGAGACGUGUUACAACCUCAAACACAGGCACAUUACCUGCUCCUGCUGCUGAUUUGAUCCGUUCA